UUCUCUCGGCCCGCUCGUGCCUUUUUUUAUUUGAUAGUCAUCAUCCUCGUCUUCCACCCCUCAACCUAUCCUUUUGUCGCGUGCGCGCCCGUCAAUUAGCGCGCCAAUAUCGGGAAAAAGUGGCUGCGCUCACUCUUCUCAGCCAGGCCGAUACCGAAUUAUCUCUUCAACAACAUCUGGCUCUUGCACCGGACCUCCUGCAAUACAAUCGACUGGCCGCCGACACCGAAUCUGAUACACCGUUGACGAUGGCGGCACAGCCUGUGCCUCAUCUGUCGACGGACAAGAAACGAGUGAAGGUUUACGAGUUGCGCAACAAUGACUGGUUUGAUCGUGGAACCGGCUUCUGUACAGCCGCCUUCAAUAUUUCCGAAGAUGGCCAGCAACGAGAACCGCGAGUAAUCGUAGAGUCCGAGGACCACCCUGAUCGUGUACUAUUAGAGACGAGAAUUUGUAAAGAAGAUGGCUUCCAUAAACAGCAAGAAACGUUGAUCGUCUGGACCGAACCAACUAGUGGCGUGGAUAUGGCCCUUAGUUUUCAGGAAGCUGAGGGCUGCGCCAUAAUAUGGAAGUUCAUCAAUAGUAUUCAGCAGCAAUGCCAUUCCAUGAAUGCGCCAGAAGACAGCCUAUCUGAAGAUCUCGCUAUGGAAAUGCCAAAUCCUGUCUCCCUCCCACACGCUUCGAUGGCUAACCUUGCCGAGAUCGAGUCGCAAAUGCGCGGGUUUAGCGGAACUGCUAAUGGUCGCGAUGCCCUCACCAAAUACGUACUAACCGAGAACUUUAUCGGCAAGCUGAUUCCACUAGUUUCUGAUGCGGAGGACCUCGAAAGCCUGAACGACCUACAUCGUCUUUGUAACAUUAUGAAGAUCGUCAUCCUUCUCAACGAUACGAGUAUCAUAGAACAUGCGGUAUCGGACGAGUGCGUGAUUGGCGUCGUAGGCGCUUUGGAAUACGAUCCGGAUUUUCCUAGCCACAAAGCUAACCAUCGCCAAUGGCUCGAGGGCGAAGGGAGAUAUAAGGAGGUCGUGCGUAUCGAAGAUUCCCAGAUAUUAAAGAAGAUCCACCAAACAUAUCGACUCCAAUACCUAAAGGAUGUCGUGUUGGCACGCAUUCUAGACGAUAAUACUUUCUCCGUCUUGAACUCGCUCAUCUUCUUCAACCAGGUCGAUAUCGUACAACAUCUGCAGUCCAAUGCGACAUUCUUGGCCGAGCUAUUCAACAUAUUCAAGUCUCCUCUACCCACCGAUCCGAAGCGUAAGAAGGAGGCGGUGCUUUUUAUCCAGCAAUGUUGCGCAAUUGCCAAAAACCUUCAACCUCCCGCUCGCCAGACUCUGUAUAACAACUUUCUCGCCAAUGGCCUUCUUCAAGUCAUUAACUUUGGCUUGCGACACGGCGAUGUGGCUGUCCGAGUUGGCGCUACCGACAUAUUGGUGUCCAUGAUUGACCAUGAUCCACAGAUGAUUCGAGCCAUGAUAUACCGGCAACUUCAAGACAAACAGCCGCCUCUGACGGACUCACUAAUCGACCUACUUUUGGUAGAGGUUGAUCUGGGUGUUAAAUCGCAAAUAUCUGAUGCGUUAAAGGUGCUUCUUGAUCAGGGCCCGCCACCUCAACAGGAAACAUAUACAAAAGCGAAUGGUGAAUAUGGUGUCAGGAAUGUGUCCAGGAUACCACCGACCGCAGACCCACAACAGGAUAAUUUCCUGAACUGUUUCUAUGAAUUUUCGGCAAGCAGGCUAUUUCAACCCUUGAUUAACCUGCAAGAUAGAACCAGCAUGGAAUUUACAGUCCAGCAAGCGUCUAUGUUCACGUAUCUGAUUGAGAUUCUCUGCUUCUUCAUCCGCCAACAUCAACACCGCAGCAAAUUCUUCGUUUUAAAUAACGAUAUUGUCGUGCGCAUUAGCCAACUUCUAGGCUGCCCCGAGAAAUUUCUGAAACUUAUUGCUAUCCGAUUCCUUCGUCAGUUAAUUAGCCUGCAAGAUGAGUUUUAUAUCAGACACGUGUCAGAGAAGAAGGUCAUUGGCCCAAUCCUUGACGUUCUCAUCAAAACCAUGCCGAGAGACAACUUACUCAGCUCCGCAUGUUUGGAGUUCUUUGAAUUCAUCAGGAAAGAAAAUAUCAAGGAUCUUGUUAAGCACAUCGUCGAGAACUAUCGCGAGAAAGUACAAGCGCUUGCCUACUUGGAUCUAUUUAGGACUAUGUUGAUCCGGUAUGAUCAGACCGGAGGUUUUAGCGUCAACAUGGACUAUUAUAUAGAGGUGGAUGACGAACCUAGGAAACGGCAAAACAUCAUCAACCCAAAGACGGGGGCUUUAAUGGAACACCUUGUCAUGGACCAGGCCGAGGAGGAAUAUUGGAACACAUCGGACGAGGAAGACGAUGUGCAGGGAAGACCUGGGGGGCGGGCACCCAUGAAUGGAGGGUCACCAAACGCGAAACCGCUAGUUGACUAUGCAUCAGAUGAAGAGGGAGACGAAAAUUUAGAAGCUGGAGCACUUUCAGCGGAUGAAGAUAGACAAGAUGAUGGGCCAAGGAAGACGAGCCAAAGUUCGAGGAAUGUCGCCCCUCCACUGGAGCGUUUGUCUGAAAAACGACGACGUGAAGAGGACGAGGAGGACGAUCUCAGUAAAAUGGUACAGCACAAACGUCGAAAUAGCACUUCAGCUAGCUCUAAUUCCUCCGCUGUGUCUGGUAUCCUGAGGAAGAAAAAGAGUAUGUCCAGUGCUCGAGAUGCCGGAGGUGGCCCAAGAAAGAUCGCCAUUAGUCUUUCUCCAAACAUAAAGAGCGGCAACGUACAGAGCCACGGUCGAUCGGAUGGCGAGGCGUGAAGAGGGCCAGAAUCGACUAAUUUCAAUACCUCCUUAACGCUCUGGCAUGAUCGGGGUUCGGUAUAUCUAUAAUGAUAGGGAAAGGGGCCGGCGUUUGGCGAGAGGAUCCUUUUUUUCGAGCCCGCGUGUCUGACAUGGAUAAAGCCCAGGUGCUAAGGAAGGCAAUGGAGGCGAGUGGUUAUCCCGGGUCAAGACCAGUUUCGUACGUUUAACCAAUCUACAUAUCGAGGUUGGUGCUGUCGAGGAAGUUUAGUUAACAAAGUGUGUG